GGUCUUGAGGGAUCGGUGCUCUUGCGAGGACGUCUGGGAAUAGGACGGGCUGCCGAUGGAGAACCCAGCUGCAGCGUUCACCGAGCCGAUGGCCUUGCGCACCGCCCGCAGCCUGGUGCAGGAUAUCAGGAUCAAUGUGCUGGAGUGCAAAGUCUGCUUCGAGCACUACGGCGAUAACGCGGCACGCCGACCCUGUGUGCUGCCGUGUGGGCAUGUCGUGUGCCGCCACUGCGCCCGGACUCUGAGCCGGGCCGGAGAGCUGCAGUGCCCGUUCUGCCGGCGCUGUGGGCCGUCGUCGCUGGCCGCCGACUGCCUGCCGCUGCUGCAGCUCGCGGAGAUGCUGGGCCCGGAGCAGGGCGGCGGCGGCGGCGGCGGCGGCAGCAGCGGUUUGCCCUCGCAGCUCCGACUAAUAACGGUGUACGGAGGCUGGGGCCGGCUGCUCAAUCCCAGGGCGCUGGCCGUGUGCGCCGAACUGCUGGCAGUGGCCGAUGAUGGUUCCCGACCGCUGCGGCUUUGGGAACGUGGCGAGCGCUGGCUGGAGUCCGACGUCGAGGCCACGGGGCUGGUGUACCCGCUGGGUGUGGCACUGGCCGGCGGUGGGCAGCUGCUGGUGGUGACGGAUGGCGGCGACUCGUCCCUUAAGGUGUUUGUUCUGGGGCAAAGCCGGAGCCCUGCCGUCGUCCAGGACAGCUUCGGUCUCCCAUGGGGUGUGGCUGCCGGUCUGGGCAUCAACCAGGUGGUACUGACAGACGCCGGGCGAGGCUCUUUACUACUGCUGAGCCUGCGGCUGCCCGGUGGUGCCCUACUGGGCACCGAGAGCGUGUGCGAGGGGCUGCGCUGCCCCCGGGAAGUGGCCGUGUGCCCGCGACAAGGCUGCAUCCACGUGGUGGAGCACCUGUCGCCGCCUGGCCCCUCCGCCGCUGUCCGCCUCAAAACCUUCAACAGCUGCCACCAGCUGAUCCGCCAGCUCGACAGCACCGGCUUCAGCCCGGUCGCCCGCAUCCCUGCUGGGCUCUCCGCCAUCGCCGUGGACGCCGACGGCAACGUGCUGGUUGCCGACGGGCUGGAUGGUACGGUGGGUCGUGUAGGUGACCCUGGAACCCGCCAGUACAGCAUCCUUGUGGACCGGGGUCUGAUCCGCCCAACGGGGCUGGCAUGCACUGCUGACGGUGAGCUAAUGGUGCUCGACGGUGGAGACAACACGUGGAAGAUGUAUGCUGCUCUUGAUCUCUCCAUGCCUCCGGCCAGAGAGCUGUCCUGACGAUAUACCACCUUUGUAAUAGUUGUUUUAUUUAUUAUUACCACGUGCAUAAUUUCCUUUGUGAAAUAUCAUUCAAGGAAAUAAAUUAAUUGUGCCCUGGUGCAUAUGACAAUAGUCUGAUUCAGCAGCCCCGUUUUACUUAACCAAACUAUGACUGCUGCAAGACUUUUAUGAACUGGAAUCCUUGAUUUCAUUUGAAUUGUUGUGCAUCUUUCUGUAAAGCCACUCACAAAAUUGAAGAUAUGAUAAGAUUUGGCAUGAUAUCUAAAACUUUGACAAACUUCUAUAGAUGUGUGGUAGAGAGUAUAUUGACUGGCUGCAUCACAGUCUGGUAUGGAAACACCAAUUCCUUUGAACGGAAAAGCCUACAGAAGGUAGUGGAUAAGGUCUUGUCCAUCACAGGUGAAGGUCUCCCCACCAUUGAGCACAUCUACAUGGAGCACUGUCACAGGGAAGCAGCAUCCAUCAUCAGGGACCCCCACCACCCAGGUCAUGCUCUCUUCCUGCUGCUGCCAUCAGGUAUAAGGUACAGGAGCCUGAGGGCUCACACCACCAGGUUCAGAACCCGUUAUUACCCCUCAACCAUCAGGCUCUUGAACCAAAAGGGAUAACUUCACUUGCCCAUCACUGAAAUGUUCCCACAACCUGUGGACUCAAUUUCAAGGACUCUUCUCAUGUUCUCAAUAUGUAUUGCUUAUUUAUUAUUAUUUAUUUUUCUUUUGUGUUUGCACAGUCCGUUACCUUUUACACAUUGGUUGCUUGUCUGUCCUGUUAGGUGUGGUCUUUCAUUGAUUCUAUUACAGUUCUUAGAUUUGCUGAGUAUGCCUGCAAGAAAAUGAACCUCAGGGUUGUAUCUGGUGACAUAUAGUGUAUGUACUUUGGUAAUGGAAUCUCAUUUUUGACUAGAGGUGUAAGCACUAUUUUUUUGUGAACGUUACAAAUCUGCACAUUUAAAGAAGUAAAAUGAGCUUUGGUGUGAAUCUAGCAGCAAACGUCAGUGUUGGCGUGGGUGAGAAACACUGGAGCAUUGUUAUAAUCUUAUCAGGAUAAAGUCGGCUAAUUAUCUACUGUGCACGUGGUAUUCCUAAGGAACGGUUAAUUAGAAUUACCAAUUUACUUUGUUGCUACUUGGACAAUCUUGUAUUUACUCCAUUGUAACACAAACAAAAAUGCUGGAGGAACUUGGCAGGUUAGACAGCAUCUGUGGAAAGAAGUAAAGGGUUGACAAUUUGGCUGAGACCCUUCAUUGGGACUGGAAAGGGAGGGGGAAAAGUCAGAAGAAGACGGUGGGUGGGGAUGAGGAAGGAAUACAAGUAAGAAGGUAAUAAGUGAAGCUAGGUGAGGUGGAAAGUAAUUGGUGGGGGACUGGGGGAAAUGAAGUGAAAAGCUGGGAGAUGAUGGGUGUAGGAAGUAAAGGGCUGAAGGAAGAAUCUGAUAAAAGAGGAAAGAAGGGGAAGGAGGAGGGGCUGAGAGAGAAGAGAAGAGAAAAGGUAAAAGGGGAGCCAGAACAGGGAACAGAAGUUACAGAAAUCAAUGUACAUGGUGUCAGGUUGGAGGCUACCCAGAGAGAAUAUAAAGUGUUUCUGUCUGCAACAAGCAGGAUAUCUCAGUGGCCAACCAUAUUAAUUCUAAUCCCCAAACCUGUUCCAGCAUUUUAGUCUGUGGCCUCCUUUACUGCCACAAUGAGGCCACUCUCACGUUGGAGGAGAACACACAUCAUAUUCUGUCUGGAUUGUCUCCAACCUAUGAUCCUCUUUGGGUAGCCUUCUUCCUUUCCAGUCCUGAUGAAAGGUCUCGACUUCAUCCAUUUCUAUAGAUGCUGCCUGACUUGCUGAGUUCCUCAAGCAUUUUGUAUCUGUUACUCUGGAUUUACAGCAUCUGCAGAAUUUCUUAUCUUUAUGUUGUACUUACUUCAUUUCCUUUCACUUCCUUCAGUUUGUAUUUGACAGAUUUAUCAUAAUGCAAACUUGUUAAGACAGUUUAAUAAAUUCUCAGCCAUAAACAUUGCUAAGCAAGCCAAUUUAUGCAAAUCAAGAACUUGCAAAGGUAUGAUUAAAAAGACAUCUGUUUUGGUGUUGUAGAGAAUCAUGGGGACAUAGAGAACACUUUAAAAGGUGUCUUAAGAUCUUAUCCAGGCAAACAGUGAACCGGUCUUAUAUGAAAGAGUGUCUCAGACAAUGCAGCAUUCCACGUAUGUCAAACCAGGUCAAAUACUUGAUUCACAUGGGAGUAUUGAAGCCACAGUGUUCUAAUCUAAGACAAACUGCCACAGAUGCCAUCAGUCUUUGAGUACCUUGUCACUGAGAACACAGAAUUUGGCAAAGCUUGGUUCAGUGUCUUCAGAUAUUUGACUUUGGACAACAUCACAACUGAGUCCCGAGUAGUACUGUAACUGAAUGGCAAACAUUGCUCCCUGCUUCAGUGGCAUAAUAUUUAUUUAGCUUUUAUUGUGUCAUGCUGGACAAUUGUAAAGCUGAACAGUGAAUUUGGGCCGAACUGUUGGCUAGGUGUCCAUAAACCUAUACUUAAUAUUCUGAUUGGUUGGGUUAUCAUCAUUUCCUUCACACCUGGUAAUAUCCACCCAGAGAACAGUUCUAUGGACUGUUACAUUGACUACCCAUUAUGGAUGCCAAAGUCAAUCUCAAAAAUAAAACACUGCAUAUUCUGGAAAUCUAAAGAAAGACAAUCCUAGAAUCCUUGUCAGAUCAAGAAUGUAGAGAGAAGGAGAUUUAACUUGUCAGGUUGAUCACAUAUGGAUUGGGAAAAGUUAGAAAUAUAUGUUUUUUAAGUUGCAGAGGAAGGGAAAAGGAUGGAGAGAAAAGAAAUGACUGGUUGAGUAGACAAAAUGUUUGGCAUGGAUUUGGCCUGUACCUAUGCUGCAUUGCUUUUUGACUCUGUCGAGAAUUAGAGAAACAAUCACAUAAAAAUAGGGGUUAAAUGUGUUUAAGGUGUGAAUAAGAAAGGAGAAAUCUCAAAUAUCAAAAGGGAGAAGCAGUUUUAAAAAUCCUGGGAAUUGCAAAUAGGAAAUAGGACUGAUGGACUAUCUGAAAUAGUUGAAUUUGAAAUUGGGUUCUGAAUGUGCCAGUUCAGAAAAUGGAAGUGCUAUUCCUCUUGCUUGUCUUGAGUUUCAUUGAAAUAAUGUGGACAACUACAGACAAAGAGGUUAACUGAGAGUAGAAUGGAGAAUUAUAAUACACAGACCAAAAAGGGGCUGAUCAGUAGCAUAGUGGUUAGCACAAUGCUUUACAGAACCAGCAACCUGGGUUCAUUUCCAGCUGCUGCCUGUACAUUCUCCCUGUGACCAUGUGGGUUUUCUCCAGUUUUCUCCCAUAGUCCAAAGUUUAAUUCAUCAUUGUAAAUUGUCCUGUGAUUAAACUCGGAUUAAAUCAGUAAAUCAGGGGAUUGCUGGAUGGCAUGGCUCAAAGCGCCUAUUCUGCAAUAAAAGGAAGGAAACCAAUCAAUUAAUAAAUUCUGUUCUUCAAAUUCAGGGCAGUCUUCUGAAGCUUGGGAGGGCUGGAUGCAACUCACAAUAGCCAGCAGAUGGUGUAGCUAUGACUAAUUUAUAUAAACAUUCUCAUUUAUAACAUUCCUGAAAUUAGCAGAGCAGCUAAAUAUUUCAGGCAUUUUCUUUGACAACACGCCAGAGUUAAAUGAGGCAAACAAUGAGUAAGAGUUUUUGUUUAUUUAGAUAGUUAGAUGAAUUUGCAGAGAUUCAGAUACAGCACAGAGGAUCCUUUAAACUUACCUUUGGUCACAUUGAUUUGGGAAUAUUCAGAGAUUCAUGUAAUGAAUUGUAGCGUUUAGCCAUUGUUGCUGUGAUAGUCAUCUUCAUUGAAAGGGAAAUUUGGCAAAAAUGUCCAUUUCCUUGUUAUUCGUGUUCUUGUUUGAGGAAAUUGGAAUUCCAGGCAUGUGUGUUGGAUUUUCAUUUGGCUGAAGAAAAGCCUUGCUAUUCAGUGGAGUACUCAGGGUGGAUUUAAACACAGCAUUUGGUGAAAGUGAAGAUUUAAACUUUGAUCCCUACUCUUGAAUAUGCUAAUACAGAGACAAGAGUUAGAUUAUAAGCUUUCAUACAAUCUAGGGUUGCCUUCCUGAAAUUUGGAUUAGGUAAUAAAUUAUUGAAAUUUUCACAAUAUUAAGGGGCAUUGAUAGUGUGCACAAUUAACAAUUUCUGCUGGUUCAGAAGUCUGCAUCAGGUGCAGAGCCAAAAUUGAACUUGAACUUUACAAGAGUGAAGUAAAUGUGAUGCUGGAGACUUGUAUUAACCAAAGAUAUUAAAGAAUAUGGAGUUUGAUCACAGGCCAUCAAUUAGGUCUUCAAAUGAAGAAGGGUUUUGAGGUGUGGAAAGAUCUAAUCCUUUGUGCUGUAUUCAAUGACUCAAGGGAAGCAUGGAACAAUUCCUUGAUGUUUUGCAAGAAAGCAGCAUCCAUCAUAACGGACCCCCACCACCCAGGUCAUCAGGAAGAAGGUUCAGAAGCCUCAGGACACACACCACCAUGUUCAGGAACAGUUAUUACCCCUCACUCAUUUGGCUCUUAAACCAAAGGGGAAGCUAGAUAGAUGCAGACCUCCUCAUUCUAACUGGUGUCAAUAUGAGAGCGCUGACAUAACUGAGAGCUUUGGCAAACAAGAUGUCAAACUUAAGUAUUCGUAUAUUCCAAAUUCUGAAGUUAAGUAAAUGUUUCC